AUGCUCUCGUCCCUGAAGACCCUGCUGCUGCUCUCGGUCCUGUGCACGCCGACCUCCGGUCUGUGCCUGCGCCUUUACCGCACCGGCGACGAACUCCUGUGCGACGACCGGAUGGCAGUCGGGGUCCGGAGCGACGUGGAUGGCUGGGGGUCCCUGAUGCAGUCCGCGGAGUACCUCUCUUCCUCUUUAACUUCUUCUUCUUCUGUCGAAUCCAGCCGGGGAAAAAGGACUUCAAGUCCCGCAAACUACCGCUUCGUGAGCCGGACGAAGCUGAGAGGGCAGAUGAUCCGCAACAGCAGCAAAGGAGACCGCAGGAGCAGACUGACCCUGUCGCUUGACGUGCCGACCAACAUCAUGAACGUCCUCUUUGAUGUCGCUAAGGCCAAAAACCUGCGCGCUAAGGCGGCCGAGAACGCGCGCCUGCUGGCUCAUAUUGGACGGAGGAAGUGA